CGCUCGUUGACACAAGAGACUGCAAUGGCGAGUGAAAGCGUCGGCUCCUUGGGGUUCUUCACGGGCGUCUCCGUGGACGACAAGAAGUACGAGAGCCUCCUGGAAGACCUCCGCGCCCAUGACCUCUUGGGCCCCGUGGAUGAUGCGCUGGACAACUACCCGUACCCGAUGGGCCCGACGACUGCCUCGAGCCGGCCGUUUGUGCUGCAUGACAACCUCUCGGCCAUCUUCAUGGGCAACGUGCACAUGCCGGGGAGCGAAGCGCCGCCGGCGAGCGAGCAAUCUAAGCCCAAGGGGAAGGUGAGCGCGCCGCCGGGGUUUGCGGCGGCGCCCCAGGGCGCUGCGCCGACCCAGGCUGACUUGGAGUGGGCGCGGAGCCAGCAAGAAUUUGCGAUGCUUCGCGAAGAGUUCUCGAAGAAGGCCGCGCCGGAAACUGCAGUCUUUGGCUUUGGCAACGCCGGUCUCGGCAUUUCGAGCGCGCCAUCGACGUCGUCCGCGUACCUCUACGCAGAAGACGACGAAGACGAUGGCAUUCUUGAAGACUUAAAGCUCAAGUCGCUGGGCUUGACCGAGGACGAAGAGACGGUGGCUCCGGCAAAUGCUCUUGCGGUGCCUCCGCCGCUCCCGACGACGACGCCGACGCCGCCGCCUGGUUGGGGCCCGCCCGCAGGCGCCUUGCCUCCUCCGGGUAUGAUGCCGCCGCCGGGCACGAUGCCGCCUCCUGGUGUCAUGCCGCCGCCGACCGGCAACAUGCCUCGCCCGCCGCCAGGCUGGCGUCCCGAGCACGGCCCGCCGCCGCCACCGCAAGGUAUGAUGCCGCCACACGGGUUCCCGCACCACCCGCCGCCGCACAUGCUGCCGCCGCACAUGAUGCCGCCGCCGCACAUGAUGAUGCGCCCGCCGUUCCCACCGCCGCCGCACGUGCUGUUGCAGGAGCGCGUGUUCCAGGUCAUGAUGCCCCGUGACAUUCAGUUUGUCGUGCAGCAGGAGCUCAAGCAAAUCCGGUCCAGCGAUCCGUUCAGCGACGACUAUUACUUCCACAACUACAUGGUGAAGCGCGACCGGGCCCGUCAGCAGGCGCUGCCCGGGCAACCGCCGCUGCCGCUGCCGUCCUGGAAGCUCGAACACGUCAAGUCAUUUGACCCGCGGGAUGUGUCGCGCGCCAACAAGUCGCGGACGUGGGAGACGGAAAACCACGUGCUCGGCCGGACCUCCAAGACGAGCUUGUACCGGCCGCGCGAGCUCCUCAACUUGCACAAGGUCGACGAGCAGCCUAAGGACGUGACAGUCGUCGACGUGCUCAACCGCCCGGAGGAAGAGCUUGGCGCGUCCGUCUUCCGCAACGACACGUGGUCCAAGCGCCAGCGCAUUGACGCCGGCAUCGUCCACCUCCUCGCGCUCCAAGACGCGCGCCAUCUGCUCGACGCCCGCCGCAUCAACGUGCAGCAGUUCCAUCAAAUGGACACGGCGCAGAUGGACCCGGCGCUCAUCGAGCUCCGCGAGCGUACGACGCGCCUGCUUUUGGACCUCGCCAGCGUCCUCGGCGUGAGCACCGUCAACGGCGAGGCGACGUGCGACCCGCCGGCGCUCGAUGCAAUUCUUUCGGUCUCGAAAGGCAAGAAGCUCGUGUGCCGCGCGCUCCCGCUGCUGCACCCGUCGGCGCGCUUUGUGCUCUUCCCGUUCCUCGUCCAGUACAUGCUCGCGCAGACGCACCGCAUCACGGACCAGUUGACGGCCGACGAAGCUGCGGCCGACGACCGCCUCGCACAGACGCUCGUGGUUACGAUGAUGUACCACUCGGUGCCGGCCGACGUGCUCGCCAAGGCGCUCGCCUACGCGCUGGACCGUCAGUCGCUCGCGUCGCUCUCGCUCGUCCUGCACCACCGCUCGCGUGCUGAGCUCCUGCAAGCGCUCUUGCAGAAGGGCGGCACGACGUGCGAGACGGCCGCCGAAGACGUCAAGGCCGCGUGGAUGAAGUACCAGGACCGGUUUGUGGACCUCGCGUCGCAGAUCAAGGAGGCCGCGAUGCAGCAGCAGCCGUGAACGCCUCUACCGCUUUCUGCAUUUCCUACAUGACGCUUGCAUCUUAUCUCUCUUCCCACAGCAUAUUGGCUGUGAGUUUGAAUAGAAGACACACUGCAUUUUUGACGACAC